GCACAAGAGGUCAUAGCCUUGAGCCUUCACUGCAAGAGAGAGAGAGAACUCAGUAUCACUUUUUUUCCCACACAAAGAGGAGAGACAUCAUCUCCAAACACAAUCCAACAUGGCCCUUCACCAGCACCAAUUGGCUUUCAUUUUCGGCAUCCUAGGCAACAUCAUCUCUUUCAUGGUGUUCCUUGCUCCAAUGCCGACCUUUUAUCUGAUAUACAAGAAGAAAUCUGCUGAAGGAUUUCAGUCAUACCCUUAUGUGGUUGCCCUGUUCAGCUGCAUGCUUUGGAUAUACUACGCGCUUGUCAAGAACAACGCGACCUUACUUCUCAUCACCAUUAACUCCUAUGGAAUUGUGGUCGAGAUAAUCUACCUUGCCAUUUUCCUCGUCUAUGCUCCCAAGAAGCUCAGGCUUGCGACGAUUAAGCUUCUUCUGUUGCUGAAUGUGUUUGGGUUCGGAGCCAUGCUUCUGUCCACACUGUAUCUUUCACAUGGAAACACUCGUUAUCAGAUUAUAGGAUGGAUUUGCCUGGUGGUUAACAUCAGUGUCUUCGCUGCUCCUCUCUUAAUCAUUAGGAAAGUUAUAAAGACAAAGAGUGUGGAAUACAUGCCAUUCACUUUGUCCAUGUUUCUGACCGCAAAUGCUGUGAUGUGGUUCUUCUAUGGCCUUUUCCUCAAGGACUAUUUCAUUGCCCUCCCAAACACACUUGGGUUUCUGUUCGGCAUCGUUCAGAUGGUGCUUUACUUGAUGUUCAGAAACGCCAAGCCAGUGGUACUAGAGGUUCCAGUGAAGGUUCAAGAGCUAUCAUCUGACCAUGUCAUUGACGUUCUGAAGCUGGGCAAUACGGUCUCGGAAGAUGCAAAUAAUAAUAAGGAACAAAGGAACCCCAACUCUGAAGAAAAGGUUUAAGUGGAUCGAUCAAGAACAAGGCUAGAAGAAGAAGAAGAAGAAGAAGAACAAAUUUAACCUAAAAACAGCAAUUAAUUACUUUUCUGAGUGGAGGCAUGCAAAGCAAUUGAAGAAACAGUACGUAGUGUGCGAUAAUGGUGUGGUUACUUGUGCCUGUACGAUAUAAACUGUAACUGUGAGGCACAGUCAAAUUAUUUAACCCUAUAUGGCCUCCUUUUAUAUAUCACUGUCAUAUAUAUGCAUAUAAUAUGUUGUUGCUGUUUAUGUAGUGAUACAGUAUAAUUUCUGUGUAUCCUUGAGUCAAAUAGUUACCCAUUUCAUCUUUCUGAAUUGCUAUAAACGCGAACCAUAUGUACUGAUGAUGAUGAUGCUCAAUUAUUUUUAGUAAUUUGAAAUCUACGAAUUUGGCUGUUAA